AUGAGCUGCCCUACCCUGCCUCCUUCCAUUCCGCAUGGCCAUAUUUCAAGUUUUGUAUCCAGUACGUCAGCCGUGUAUGAGUGUGAUGGAGCUUAUUCUAUGGUCGGAAGUUCUGUAUCAACAUGCGAUUCUACAAACAAUUGGAUAGGCCCUGGGAAGUGUGAAUUGUCAUUCGUUGAUAAUGUCUGGUUUUGGCUUUUGAUCGGCCUUGGAGCUUUGUUGACCAUUGCAGGGAUAACUCUGCUCUGCGUUUAUUGCUAUCGUCGUUGUUUCAGAAUGAGGUCAAGAAGAACAAGGCCUAAUGAGGAGGAAAAUCAGAAGUCAAACAGAACACCCAGAACUCCCCGUGAAGAUCCCGGAUGUUUUGAACAUGGCGGCAAAUGUGACUUGUGCUGUGUAGAUUACUACGGAUGUUGCUCAUUACUAGGGUGUUGUGGAUACCAUGGUUGCUGUGCUUGUUUCUGUAGUUGCUGCAGGUGUUGCAGAGAACCAGAAGAAGGUCCGGGAAUUUCGAGCCUCCCCGUUUCCUUUUUUCGCAAAUGGAGGAGGAAAGCAAAAGGAGGGAAGAUAAAAACAACCAGACCUGUACUCGUUCUUCAAUAUGAAAAAGACAAAAAGAGAUCGGUCGUUAAAGCGUCGAAAUCGGCCAAAGUUCCGGUGAUUCCACUAUGGCUGCCCCACAAAAAUCAUGUCCGAGAUAUCAACACAAGCACGAGAUAACCAUUGGUUUAAAUUAUGAUUAAUUGAAGUUGAUUAACGAAUAUUUCAAAUACACUUUUAACAUUCUCCCGCCAUCUGCUUUAAUUUACGAGUGCGGGUUAUCUCAUUGUACUGAGAACAGUCAUUAAUAGGAUUCUUGAGAAACAGACGAUGGAUAUUUUUUUUUAUCCUCUGCCUAGCUAUU